AUGGUGUCCAACGAUUUUGCCCUCGCUCAGCAGCGCCUAGCUCUUCGGCGACAAGCUCGAGAGCGUGAAAACCAAACUAGGAUAGCAGCGCAACGAGAAGCAUCGAACGCGUCGCAGCGACUCAGAAAGCUUCCGUAUCCGCUGGGACGGCUUGGGGAAUCCGGAAUUUCACUCUGGGAUGGCAUACGUGGGAGAGAAGGGACACGCCCGGCUUUCAGAGUUGGGCAGGUGGACGCUGAGCUUCUCGACGAAGAACUACUCGAUCUUCUGAAAGGACAAGUCGGGGAUGCGCUGAAGUAUUUCGGCUCACACAUACAGGAUGACUGGUCUGCAGAGAUAUUACUGGCACUGAGGGCUGUCUUGUUCAAGAUCACUAUUUGGGAUCACGAUGCCACAUACGGUGCGGCGCUGCAAAACCUCAAAUUCACAGACGCAAGGAACAAAGGACCAGUGCUCGUGUCACCAUCGAAGUGGCAGAAGUCUCUAUACGGCUUAUUCACAGUAGGUGGGAAAUACGCAUGGACAAGAUGGGAGAACUGGGUAGUCGACCAUGAUAAUGGGUAUGAUACACCAAACCCGAGAAUGCAGACAUUUGCGCGGUUGUCAGACGCAAUAUCCACGGUACACUCGACGCUCGCAUUCGCUUCUUUCUUAGUGUUCUUGGUUAAUGGAAGAUAUCGCACUAUUUUGGACAGAAUCUUGCGCCUGCGACUAGCACCUCCGACGUCACAGGUCAGCCGUGAGGUUUCUUUUGAAUACCUGAACAGGCAACUUGUAUGGCACGCGUUUACUGAGUUCCUUCUCUUUGUUCUGCCUCUUGUUGGCAUUAGUCGUUGGAGAAGGUGGCUCGCAAGGGUUUGGAGAAAGACUAAAUCAAUUGUUGCAAGUAGCGGGGAAGAAGAAGAUAUCCUCAAAUCUGGAGAGUUUGCUUUCCUCCCCGAAAGAACGUGCGCAAUUUGCUAUCAAGAUCAGAACUCGACCUCAGCAUCUGAAGCGGAGAUAGUAGCCGCAUCUGGAGCUUCAGGAGUUAUUGGGUCGGCCCAGACGGAUAUAACAAAUCCAUACGAAACGAUACCAUGCGGCUGCAUCUACUGCUUUGUAUGUCUAGCAGGUCGACUUGAGGCCGAAGAGGGUGAAGGUUGGACGUGUCUCAGAUGUGGCGAAGAUGUCAAAGAAUGUAAGCCUUGGAGUGGAGAUGUCAUUGAAGAAGGGGUCAAGACAACAUCAACGACGAAGUCGGUUGGAUUCAAGGAUGUUCCCAAGGAAGGUAUCGAGAUGGAACCUGCUACCAAGGAGGCGCAAGUCGAAGAACAGCCAGGUCCAGCUGCGGGCGCAGGAAGCUCAUCGUCGCGUGAAUCUUCUGUGUUAGGCGACGAGGAGGCAUUUGACGAAGAGGCGGAAGGAGAUGUCGAGUACGACGAAGAUGACUAG